GAUGUCACGCGCAUUCUUCAUCAAGGCACAGGGUGACAUCAUCACUAAUAAUGAAGGCGGCUCAUCAAUGGACACAGAGCUAUAAAAGGAACUCACCAUGUGAACUGUGAACCAACUCUGAUGUGAACUGAUAGGCUGAUGCACAAACUCCUGCAAUCUGAAGGCUAUACCAGCAUGGUUAAUAAAAUGGUUUCCAUUCAUCUUGGAUUUUUGGAGAAAACAGUUAUACUUUUCUCCAUCUGCAUAUUAUUCUAUUCAACACAUGCAGAUAGCAAGCCACUGGGCAAAAGGGCUAUCAAUGAAGUCCAGCUUAUGCACAACCUCGGGGUACAUAAACAUGAGGAACUGAGACAUGACUGGCUUCAGAUGAAACUACGGGAAAUCCACACGGCCUCAGAGAAGAAAAACGAAGACAAAACAGGACUUCCAUAUAUUUUUCCCAAACUGACGGAUUUAAAUCAAAUGGAAGAUGAAGAUAUCAUUGCAGUUUUGGAAAAACUUAUGAACCCAUCGUAAAAAGAGAAUUUAUGUGAUUUUAAAUUUAUGUGAUUAUUACUCAGGGACGUUAAGACAUUCUGUUCAGCUUUAAUAAUUCUAUUAACAAUAUUUAUUUAUUUUUUCUAUAAAAAAUUUAUUUAUAUUUUUAUGUAGUUUCCAUAAUUUUUUAGUGGCUAAACCGAAAGAGCUCACAGCUAUUCUAUGUAUUUGUGCAUUUGAUCGUAGGCUAGAUCUAUUAACUGAACCCAGAAAAAAGUAU